AUGCGUGCUCACUUCUACAACUUCUUACUGACAUUCAGAAACGGAGACCAUACAACUGCUGAUGGAACUCCACACAAGAAGCGUGGCCGAAAAUCAAAAGCUGAACUGGCUGCUUUGGCAAGUAGCAAAGAAUCACCAAAUGAAGAAGAAAGCCAGUCGCUACCGUCGCCUUCGUCGGAAAAGCGUCGCCGUCCAUCAGCCUACUCGUACGCAGAAUACUCGGAGUAUGAGAUUAACAAGACUUAUUUUGAACAUUUCUAG